UCCCCCGGCCCGCGGGUUAAACAGUCCGGAGCGGAGGUUCCGGCGCCGCCACCUCAGUGAGUUGGGCUUCAUUCACUGUCUCCACUCGCAGAUUGAAGAAGACCUUUGGGAGAGAAGGGAGCGUGCUGGGAUCGGGAACGUUCGCUCGGAAUCUCAACUUCCUCUUCAUUUGUCUUUGUUCCCCAAACUACAACGUUAAAUAUCGACCUCCAGUCACCAGCGUGAAGAUGGAACCCGCCAAUCAAACCUGUCAGACGAUCGUCAAAGAGGAGGUGCUGAUGAAGGGGAAAUGGGCCCAACUCCUCCAGACUACGUACGUCGAUCCCACCGGCAAGACCAGGGUGUGGGAAACGGUGAAGCGUACAACCAGGAAACCGAACAGUAAAUGCGACGGUGUGGCUGUGUUAGCUGUGCUGAAGAAGACUCUACAUUACGACUGCCUGAUCAUGGUGAAGCAGUUCCGGCCGCCCUUGGGAUGCUACUGCCUGGAGCUGCCCGCUGGUCUGAUCGAUGACGGGGAGACUGCGGAAGGAGCGGCCUUGCGGGAACUGCUGGAAGAGACCGGAUACGAGGGCGAGGUCAGCAGCAUCACUCCAGUGGUGUGCCUGGACCCCGGACUGACCAACUGCACCAUGCAGUACGUCUCGGUCAACAUCAACGGCGACGACUCGCAGAACAUCAGACCCAAGCAGCAGCUCGAUGACGGAGAAUUUGUUGAAGUUAUUUUAAUUCCUUUGAACGAACUUCGAAAGAAAAUUGACGAAAUGCUUCAAGCGGAGAACAUCAUGGUGGAUGCUCGUGUUUACAUUUACGCCCUGGGAUUGACGCAUGCAACAUCUAAACCAGACGUCUUGCCCGUCUUAAAAGCUUGAAGGGAAGACGAUUUCUGCGUCUGCGGCCAAACCCGCUCUCGGGAGCAGACGUUCCAGGAGGAAGUCGGUCCCAGUCGAGCUGUGUGAACCACAUUUUUUAUAAUCUGUCGCUGUGCAAAGAAGCUAUAAUAUUAGUCAUGUUAAAAUUAAGGUAGUUGUAGGAUUAGGCAUAGGAAUGCAAGUUUACACAUCGGCCUUACGUUCAAAGCAGACAACGCUAAAAUGCUGCUGGCAAUUGGCAUCACUGAGCAAGGAAUGAGCGAGUUAGUGAUAGAAAUUAUGUUGUGUCCAAAUAUAAUCUUCCCCGUGCAAUUCUAAAACCUUGUCACUGAUCGCGUAGGUUGCACCAGGGUUUGAUAAAAGUGGCACGGUGGCGCAGCGCCAGAGACCCGGGUUCCACCCUGACUACAGGUGAUGUGUGUGUGUGUGUGUGUGUGUGUCUCUGUAUGUCUCUGUAUGUGUGUGCGUGUAUCUGUGUGUGCAUGUGUGUGUGUGUUUGCGUCUGUCAGUGUGUGUGUCUGCAUGUGUGUGUGUGUGUGCGCGCAUGUGUGUGUGUAUCUGUGUGUGCGUGUAUCUGUGUGUGUGUGUCUAUGUGUGUGUGUCUAUGUGUGUGUGUUUGCGUCUGUCCGUGUGUGUGUCUGCAUGUGUGUGUGUGUGCGCGCAUGUGUGUGUAUCUGUAUGUGCGUGUAUCUGUGUGUGUAUCUGUGUGUGUGUCUGUGUGUGUGUCUAUGUGUGUGUGUUUGCGUCUGUCCGUGUGUGUGUCUGCAUGUGUGUGUGUGUGCGCGCAUGUGUGUGCGUCUCUGUGUGUGUGUGUGCGUGCGUGUGUGGAGUUUGCAUGUUCUCCCCAUGGCCACGUGGGAUCCUCCGGCUGCUCCGCGCACUAUGGGACAAUUUACAGAAUCCAAUUAACAGUAGGUUUUUGGAGUGUGGGAGGAAACUGGGGGAAACCCACACAGUCGCAGGGAGAACGUACAAACUCCACACAGACAGCACCCGUAGUCAGGAUCAAACCCAGGUCUCUGGCGCUGUGAGGCAGCAACUCUACCGCUGCGCCACAGUUCCUCCAGCACUUUGUGUUUUGUUCAGAAUUCCAGCAGCUGCAGUUCCUCAUCUAACUCUAGCGUCCAUUUACUGUUUUAUUGUCUUUGAGAACAUUCCUUUUGCACCUUAAUGAAGGAUCCACAGAAUUUUAGCCGCCUGCAGUAAACUGUAAAGUGGUUUUAAAAGUGCAUUCCCACUACGAUCGUGGAUCCUUCGGCAAUGUUUACAAGUAUACAUUUAAGAAUGACAUUGGCUCUGACAAGCUGCUUAUAUCACAGUGUGACAUAGCUGGUAGUAUAGUCGCAGUAAGGGGCUUUUAUUGAAGGUACAUAUUUAACGUGGGUAUAGAAUAGAUUAAAACGUCGUUUAGAAAGGACAGAAGGAUAUUGCUUGAAUUAGAUAAUACUUGAAUUCGGUAAUAAAUGCUCUCUUAUAUUCAGCAGUCAAAAUAACCCAAUACCUCAUAUAUUAUAGGACAUGGGUUAUCGCAAUGCAGCCUUCAUAUUUAAGAUCUUCUUCAAGGCUAAAUUAAUUCAUUAAUUAAGUCUUUCAUAUUCACCCCCCCCCCCUAUUAAAUAUAUGAUUGCACUAAAUGCUUACUUGGUUUUUCAGUUUGGGAAACUCAUUAAAAGUUUGGAGAAUCGCCCGUGGCUGAAGUCACUAGAACGGCCAUCAUUGACCAGUCGACUUCUGAGUCACAUUGCUGUCCUGCUCAUUGAAAUGCUCGUGCAAGUGUAUACAUUUCCGGUA